UUCCAUGUGGAUUUGUCAAAUCGAAGCCCCGAUUUGUAGAAGGGUUUUGAUUACCCCUUUUGAGGAUUCAGAUUGGAUUUACAGUAGACAUUUAACAAGGCAAACUAAUCUCUGCUAUUAUACUUGUUUAUAGACUUGUUAAAUUGAUUCGCUCUAAUUUCUUGUAGGGUUUGAUUGGGCUUUUUAAGGCUUGGGCGAAGAGUAUAUAUUUUGAGAAGGUAAAGUUAUCUGCCAUUACACUAGUUUACAGUACUGCUAAAUUGAUUGGCACCAAUUUCUUGGAGGGUUUGAUUAGCCUUUUCAAGGCUUGAGCUUGGAUUUACAAUACAUAUUUGAGAAGGUAAAUUUUGGUCACGGGGUGGAAGCAUUCACAGAGCAGAAGACAAAGUGUAGGAUAGUUGCGGGAAAUGGAAGUAGGGGCAAAAGAAAAGGAAGAUGGGUUGAAGAAACUCGAGUAUUUGUCUCUGGUUUCCAAGGUGUGCACAGAGCUGGAGGCGCAUGUGGGAUGCGCUGAUAAGGUAUUAGCGGAGUUUAUAACCGAUCUAGGGCAGAAGAGUCUCAAUGUCGAUCAAUUCCAUGCUCUUCUCAAGGAAAAUGGUGCUGAAUUACCUUUCUAUUUUGUCAGCACUCUGCUUACCAUCAUCCAUGCAAUUCUUCCUCCGAAACCCAAAACAGACAUUAAAGCCAAAGGGAGCAAGAAACCAGCAGAAUUCCCUGGGCUUGCUGUGCCCGAUAACCGGCACAGAGUUAAAGAAAUUGAGAAGGAAAUUGACCAAGAGUCCAGGAAGGAAAGGCACGAUCAUAAGAAGAGAGAAAAAGACUCGCAUGGUAAUAAUGAUCGAGACUUGGAUAGGAGGUAUGCCAGGGGUAGCGAUGGAUAUCGUAGAGAUUAUAUAAAGAGGGAAGAUAAUUAUGACAACAGGGGCACAAGAGACGAACAGAAGCACAGGGAUUACGGCAGAGAUAGAGAUAUGUCCAGGACUAGAGAGGGUUUUGACGAGAGGGAUAAAUAUAGACGCGAUAGAAGAAAGGAAGAAGAAGAAGAAGAAGAAGAAGAAGGAGAUUAUAGGGAUGAUAAGAACAGCUACAGUCUUCCACCGCCAGCGAAAAGGUCGAGCGAGCCUGAAUUGUUUGGGGUGUAUCUGGGAAGGGUGUCAAGAGUUAUGGAUACAGGCUGCUUUGUCCAGUUGAAUGAGUUUAGGGGAAAAGAGGGUUUAGUUCAUGUUCAGCAGAUUGCAAACCGUAGAGUGGUGAAUGCUAAGGAAGCUGUGAAGAGAGAUCAGGAAGUUUGGGUGAAGGUGAUAUCAAUGUCAGGACAGAAAUUGAGUCUUUCCAUGAGGGAUGUGGAUCAGAAGACAGGUCAGGAUCUAUUGCCUAUGAAGAAACCCUCCGAAGAUGAUGCCCUAAGAGCGAAUCCUCUUAGCUCUAAUCGCCCUCGCACGAAGAGAACCGGUCUUUCAGGUAUAACAAUUGUAGAGGAGGAUGAAAACAUGCCUUCCAGAAGACCCCUCAAAAGGAUGAGCUCGCCAGAGAAGUGGGAAGCUAAACAGUUGAUUGCAGCUGGAGUGUUGGAUGCAAGAGAGCAUCCCAUGUUCGACGAUGAUGGCGAUGGCAUUCUUUAUCAGGAGGAGGGUGCCGAGGAAGAGCUUGAGAUAGAAUUGAAUGAAGAUGAGCCCGCAUUUUUACAAGGGCAGACGCGCUACUCUAUUGAUGUCUCACCAGUAAAAAUUGUUAAGAAUCCUGAUGGGUCAUUACAGAGAGCAGCCAUGACACAGUCUGCGCUUGCCAAGGAAAGAAGGGAACUUAGGGAACAGCAGCAGAGAACCAUGUUGGACUCAAUUCCAAAAGACUUGAAUCGACCAUGGGAGGACCCAAUGCCAGAAACAGGUGAAAGACAUCUUGCACAGGAGUUGAGAGGUGUGGGCCUUUCUGCUUAUGAUAUGCCCGAGUGGAAGAAAGAUGCUUUUGGAAAAGCACCAACUUUUGGACAGCGCUCAAAGCUAUCAAUUCAGGAGCAAAGGCAGAGUCUUCCUAUAUAUAAGUUGAAGAAGGAACUAAUCCAGGCAGUGAAUGACAACCAAGUUCUUGUUGUUAUUGGAGAAACUGGCUCAGGAAAAACAACUCAGGUAACCCAAUAUUUGGCAGAGUCCGGCUACACAACCAGAGGUAAGAUUGGCUGUACGCAACCUCGUAGAGUGGCAGCUAUGUCUGUAGCAAAAAGAGUAGCAGAAGAAUUUGGAUGUAGGUUGGGAGAGGAGGUUGGAUAUGCCAUCCGAUUUGAAGAUUGCACUGGGCCAGAAACUGUGAUCAAAUACAUGACUGAUGGCAUGCUUCUUAGAGAAAUUUUGAUUGAUGAAGAAUUGUCUCAGUAUUCAGUAGUGAUGCUAGAUGAGGCUCAUGAGAGAACAAUUCAUACUGAUGUCUUGUUUGGGCUGCUGAAGCAGUUGAUAAGACGUCGAUCUGAUCUUCGGUUAAUUGUCACCUCUGCAACUUUGGAUGCUGAAAAGUUCUCAGGGUAUUUCUUUAACUGCAAUAUUUUCACUAUUCCUGGAAGGACUUUUCCUGUAGAGAUAUUAUAUACCAAACAACCGGAAAGUGACUAUUUAGAUGCUGCAUUGAUCACAGUUAUGCAGAUUCACUUGACAGAACCUGAAGGUGACGUUCUUCUCUUCUUAACUGGUCAAGAGGAAAUUGAUACCGCAUGUCAGAUUCUAUAUGAGCGAAUGAAAGGGCUUGGAAAGAACGUUCCUGAACUAAUCAUAUUGCCAGUAUACAGUGCCCUACCCAGUGAGAUGCAGUCAAGAAUUUUUGAUCCUGCUCCCCCAGGUAAAAGGAAAGUGGUUGUUGCUACUAAUAUUGCUGAGGCUUCUCUUACAAUUGAUGGAAUCUACUACGUUGUGGAUCCUGGUUUUGCUAAGCAAAAUGUAUACAACCCUAAGCUUGGACUGGACUCUCUGGUCAUCACCCCAAUUUCUCAAGCAUCAGCCAAGCAACGAGCUGGCCGUGCUGGUCGUACAGGUCCUGGAAAGUGUUAUCGCCUAUAUACGGAAAGUGCGUAUCGUAAUGAGAUGUUACCUACAACUGUGCCAGAAAUUCAGAGGAUUAACCUUGGAUUGACAACUCUCACUAUGAAAGCCAUGGGGAUUAAUGACCUCCUGUCGUUUGAUUUUAUGGAUCCCCCUCCUCCUCAAGCUCUCAUAUCUGCAAUGGAACAACUGUACAGCUUAGGGGCUUUGGAUGAGGAAGGCCUUCUAACCAAGCUUGGAAGGAAGAUGGCGGAAUUUCCAUUAGAACCUCCUUCGUCAAAAAUGCUCCUUGCCAGUGUGGAUCUGGGCUGCAGUGAUGAGAUCCUAACAAUAAUAGCUAUGCUUCAGACACAAAACAUCUUCUACAGGCCGCGAGAGAAGCAGGCUCAGGCUGAUCAGAAAAGAGCGAAAUUUUUCCAGCCAGAAGGAGACCAUUUAACUUUGUUGGCAGUGUACGAGGCCUGGAAGGCUAAGAAUUUCUCAGGGCCCUGGUGUUUUGAGAACUUUGUUCAGUCUCGGUCUUUAAGGAGGGCUCAGGAUGUGAGAAAGCAGUUACUCACUAUUAUGGAUAGGUAUAAGCUAGAUGUUGUGAGUGCUGGAAGGAACUUUACUAAGAUUAGGAAGGCAAUUGCUGCAGGGUUUUUCUUCCAUUCAGCUAGGAAGGAUCCUCAGGAAGGAUAUAGAACUCUAGUUGAGAAUCAGCCAGUCUAUAUUCAUCCUAGCAGUGCUCUUUUCCAAAGGCAGCCUGACUGGGUGAUCUAUCAUGAACUUGUAAUGACUACCAAAGAGUAUAUGAGAGAGGUCACUGUUGUUGAUCCAAAAUGGCUGGUGGAUUUGGCACCAAGAUUUUUCAAAGUAGCUGAUCCUACCAAACUAAGCAAGCGGAAGCGGCAGGAGCGUAUUGAGCCUCUUUAUGACCGUUAUCAUGAACCCAACUCAUGGCGUCUCAGCAAGCGUCGUGCCUAGAGUGUUUGUGGUUAACAAACAUGUAUACUAUUGGACUGAAAUAUAUCUUUUAAAAGAGCCUUCCUUCCUGUGCAAUGGUAUGUUUGUGGCCAAUUUUGCAAAUUUGGAUCUUAAAAUAUCAGAACUGAUUCAAAGAUUGAAUUGUUUCAAAAAGGAGGAUUUUCAUGUCCUAUGUAUUUGAGUUUGUGUUUGUUUUGUAGCACAAGCAGGACAUUCCAAGAGUAGGAAAUAAUAAUCUGUAUUAGUUUUCUUAUUAAGAUAUGCUGGGGUUAAGAUCGACAACUUAACUUGUAAAUGCUUUUUGUCCUCAGUUUCUGCCAAGUGUUUGUUCACAUUUGUAUGGAAACCGUCUUGCAGUCUCAAGUGCUGAGUUCAAACUUGUGACAGCGUCUGUCAAGCAUCUGGGAAUCCUGAAUAUACAAGAUUUGUUCCUACAUUUAUCUGAGGCAAUUGCAGCCAACGUGAGUCAAGAUUUUGCAGACAUUGAUAUACAAAAUGUCAAUCUGCUGAGGCUGCAUUACAGGCCCUGCCCCAUCAUCUUCAUCGAGUGCUAAGUGUAUAUACUGUUAAGUCAGCAGAAAUCACAUUUUAUAUAUUGGGUUAUGUACCAAUUUUGUUUAAGACACUAUGUUUUUCCUUUUCUGAUUCAUGAUCGAUUAUGUUUGGGCUUAUUAGUUAAAAGCCUUUGGUAAUAAGUGCUUUUUUCAGAUCAACUUCUUCCAAUUUGCUGUUGAUAGUUACUUAAACUAUUAACAGCCAUGAAUGACUAGCUGAGACAAUAGGCUCUGAUAAUCUUAACCUAAGUCACAGGAUACGGCGAUUUUCAUGGAUGAGGUUCGAAUUAAAUCGAAUUUCAAACUUCUAUAAAAAAAAUCGAAUUUAAUCGAAUUUCCUCUAUAAAGCACUGCUAUCCGCCUCUAAACACAGCUCAGCUGGUCGUGGGUAUUCUUUGUA